AUGACCGAUGAGAAGAAACCUCCUAGCGACCCUUAUGAUCCUUCGGGUAUUCCAGACUUCGAUUGCGACUUCAUCAAGCCCGAUGAACUCGACCGAUUCGAGAGGGCGUUGAAUGCCCCAGAAGCCUCCCCGCUGGUGGCUAUCAAUGACUGGCGACCGAUCAACCAGAGAGUCCGCAAAAGCCGCGGACGUCGAAAAAACCCCAAGCGAAGCAAAGAUGAAACGAGAGAAGGGGUGCUGUACACUGUGCUCAAAUGGCCAUUUCUGUUUACCGUGUUUGCAUGGAUCACCAUGCUGGGCUUUGGCUAUGUGCUGAUCCGAGCUUACAUAUUCCUCUACGAGCAAUGGGUGACAUGGCGGGGCAAGAGAGAGCGCUUGCGACGGGAACUCUCUGCCCAGAAAACCUACCCAGAUUGGUUGAAAGCUGCGCAAGCGUUGGACGUCCACCUCGGAACCGAAAAAUGGAAGCAAACGGAUGAAUAUGCCUAUUACGAUCAUCUGACCAUCAACAAAGUGGUGGCGCAGUUGAAGAAAGUACGAAAGGAUGCAGAAUGGGAAGUCGAAAAUGGCCGGAUUGCCUCAAAUGAACUGCCCGCAGUCGAGGAGCUACGGACACUGCUCGAAGCCUGCGUCAAGAACAACUUCGCCGGGGUCGAGAAUCCUCGAAUCUACAGUGAAACUUACUCCGGAACCAAGGUGUUGGUUCAGGAAUACAUCGAAGAGGUGCACGCGUGCAUCCAGCUCGUCUUGGAAAACCCGCAAAUCGAAAAAGAAGCCAAAUAUCAACUCUUCAAGCACCUCGACACGAAUUUCGGACGCACCGCUCUGUGUUUGUCGGGUGGCGCCACUUUCGCAUAUUACCACUUUGGGGUUGUCAAGGCCCUGCUCGACAACGACGUUUUGCCAGAAAUCAUAACCGGGACGUCAGGCGGAGCACUGGUGGCUGGAUUGGUUGCAACCAGGACGGAUGAGGAGCUGAAGCAACUGCUCGUCCCCGCUCUGGCUCAUCGGAUUCGUGCGUGCCACGAAGGACUUGCGACGUGGAUUCACCGCUGGUGGCGGACCGGCGCUCGAUUCGACACCGUGGACUGGGCUCGGCAAUGCGGCUGGUUUUGCAGAGGCUCAACUACCUUUCGGGAAGCUUACGAGCGGACCGGGCGCAUCCUGAAUGUCACCUGCGUGCCCUCGGAUCCUCACUCGCCGACCAUCUUGGCCAAUUAUCUGACUUGUCCCGAUUGCGUCAUAUGGAGUGCUGUGCUCGCUUCGGCGGCUGUUCCAGGAAUUCUGAACCCAGUCGUAUUGAUGACCAAGAAGCGAGACGGCACUCUUGAGCCUUACUCGUUCGGCCACAAAUGGAAAGAUGGUAGCCUGCGAACUGACAUUCCUAUUAAGGCGUUGAACCUGCACUUCAAUGUAAAUUUCACUAUCGUGUCUCAGGUAAGAUUCCAUACGUCCAUUCAUGAUGAUUUGCCACUGACAAGAUUACAGGUGAAUCCUCACAUCAACCUUUUCUUCUUCAGCUCUCGGGGCACCGUAGGGCGACCAGUCACGCACCGGAAGGGACGUGGCUGGCGCGGCGGCUUCCUCGGCACUGCAAUCGAGCAGUACAUCAAAUUAGACAUGAACAAAUGGCUUCGAGUUCUUCGUCACUUAGAGCUUCUUCCUCGGCCGAUGGGCCAAGAUUGGAGUGAGAUCUGGCUCCAGAAAUUCAGUGGUACUGUGACUAUUUGGCCAAAAAGCAUUCCAUCUGAUUUCGUCUACAUUCUCUCCGACCCCAGCCCCGAAAGGCUCGCGCGCAUGAUUCACGUCGGUCAGCAAAGCGCAUUCCCCAAAAUCCAGUUUGUUCAGAAUCGACUGAAGAUUGAGAACGAAAUCAUGAAAGGACUACAGGAGUCUCGAGCGGGUGGUCGUUCUCUUUCCCCGAUUCUCUCCCGUCGUCUUGAAAACCCCACAAAUGAACACUCUGACUCCAUGACCGAACGUCUGGAUGACAACCUUCCCGAACGCGAUGGCUCCAGCCACAGAAGUGAGUCGCGCUUCGCUGACUUGUCAGACAGCAUGUCACAUUCAACCGCCUCGUCACGUCCUCAGACCCCGAGUUCCCGUCGGGGAAGUGUGAUGGAGGAAAUGCGACGCCAGUCGGCCGUGUUUUUUGACGAUACGGACGAUUACAGGGACGAAGAUGCGGUGGUCAUCUGA